GAAUGACGGAAAUAGUUGAGGGAUUUUAGUGCAAUUAUGUUUAAUAAUUCUGAAAAAAAUUUGUACGCAAUCCAAGAGAAUUUGAUGGCAACCAACCGCGCGUGUGUUGACUUCUAAGCUCAUUCCUUGUUCCAAAUCACAAAUCCAUCAAAACUUCAACUCAUUUCGUAGGCAUCGCCACUGUGAAUUCCUUUUCAUUUGGUUGAAUUUCAUUGGCUGAUCUUUCAGGCAAUACCCAUUUGGCUAAUCCUUCAAAGUAUGUACUUUUCAUUUUAAUAGAUCUGUUUAUAGAUGAUAUAUAGUUGGGUUGUCUUGAUUAAUCGGUAUGCAGUUGAUUACAUCUUCACACCCAUCAGAUGUUUGAUGUUUGAUGCUUGAUGUUUGAUGUUUGGACCAAACCACAGUCACUAAAUCCUUCAUACAAUUUGUUGGGGCAAACUUGAAACAAUCUCUCUCCUCCUGUUUGUUGAUGGGUGAAGAAGAGGGAAUUGUGGAAAGUGAUGUCAAGAACACUUCAACAAAAUCAAACCCAAAACUCAAACUACUUCCUCUUAUUGCUUUGAUCUUUUAUGAUGUGUCUGGUGGUCCAUUUGGUGUGGAAGAUUCAGUUAAGGAUGGAGGUGGCCCUCUAUUAUCAUUGCUUGGAUUCUUGAUUUUCCCCUUAUUUUGGAGCAUCCCAGAAGCUCUGGUGACUGCUGAGCUUGCCACAAGCUUCCCUGAAAAUGGUGGCUAUGUUGUUUGGAUAUCCUCUGCUUUUGGGCCUUUUUGGGGAUUCCAAGAAGGUUUCUGGAAAUGGUUUAGUGGGGUUAUGGACAAUGCCCUUUACCCUGUAUUGUUUCUUGAUUACUUGAAGCAUUCAUUUCCAAUCUUCAAUCAAAUGGUUGCUCGAAUUCCAGCUCUUUUAGGAAUCACAGUUUCCUUAACCUAUUUGAAUUAUCGCGGCCUGCAUAUUGUUGGGUUUUCUGCAGUUUUGCUUGCUGGUUUCUCGCUUUUCCCGUUUCUUGUUUUGGGUAUUCUCUCAAUUCCUCAAAUUAGGCCUCGACGGUGGCUAGUCGUAGAUUUUAAGAAGGUGGAGUGGAGAGGAUACUUCAAUAGCAUGUUUUGGAAUUUGAAUUACUGGGAUAAAGCAAGUACACUUGCUGGGGAGAUCCAAGACCCGAGUCAGACAUUUCCGAAAGCUCUCCUUGGGGCUGUGGUUUUGGUGGUCUCUUCAUAUUUGAUUCCACUUCUUGCUGGUACUGGAGCUUUAAACACUAAUCCUAGUGAGUGGAGUGAUGGGUUUUUUGCGGAAGUUGGGAUGCUGAUAGGAGGGUCUUGGCUUAAAUGGUGGAUCCAAGCAGCAGCUGCAAUGUCUAACCUGGGGUUGUUUGAAGCAGAAAUGAGCAGCGAUGCCUUCCAACUUCUUGGGAUGAGUGAGAUGGGAAUGCUUCCGUCUAUAUUUGCUUCAAGAUCGAAGCAUGGGACACCGACCAUUAGCAUAGUGUGCUCUGCAACUGGUGUGAUCUUCUUGUCUUGGAUGAGUUUCCAAGAAAUCUUGGAAUUUCUUAACUUCCUUUAUGCCAUUGGAAUGCUUCUCGAGUUGGUAGCAUUCGUAAGAUUGCGAAUAAAGAAGCCAGAUCUUUUUAGACCAUACAGAGUUCCGGUACAAACAUUUGGCGCAACAAUGCUUUGCGUGCCUCCUGCACUAUUGCUUGUUCUUGUGAUGAGUUUGGCAUCUGCAAGGACAUAUUUAGUUAGCGGUUGUGUUGUUAUUGUUGGGAUGUUGUUGUAUCCUGCUGUAAAUCAUGCAAAGGAUAGGAAAUGGAUUCGAUUCAACACAGAGCAACCAGCAAAUCCUGAUGAUGAUGAUGAUGAUGAUGAUGAUAAUGAUAUUGAAGACCAUUCAAUUGUGUCAGAACAGAAUCAAGGAGUCACUGAUGAAGCUUCGGUUAGUCUUCUUUCAGCCUUACCAUCUUCUAAGACAGAACCAGCCUCUGAAAUGUCAUCUGAAGGAGUUCAGAAAUUGGAGUAGUUGAAGUUGCUUUGAUAUAUUUUUUACCUCAUUUACGUGCAAAUUUUUUUUUAUUAUUUAUAUGAUCAGAAGAUACAAAAUUUACAGUAUAAUUUGAAUUAUUGCAGUCUAAACUAUGCUGUUGUAAUUUAUGUACAACACCUAUGAACUGUAAACUUUGAAACGGGUUAAUUAUAGCCUUUAGGAUGGGAUAGUUGUGUUUUAUCAUUUUCUAUCCCACUGCACUCGGCACUCGUCACUGCAGGAUCUUGAAAAGGUCAAGUUUACGCAACCUUA